AUGACUAUGGUCCACUCGGGCAAAGUUUCUUAUCGCUACGCGCUAGAUGAAGUCGGGACGGAUCCCGCUCCGGCGAGCAGAGCCGAGCCGAGCCACUCGCGUGCAUUGUCGCCCUCCAGGAUAGCGAAGACGGGACGUAUCGACAUCCGGCGAGGGACGCGUGCGGUGCUUGGUCACGUAUCUUUGUCAUGA